AUUUUUCGCUUUUCUUUUAUCUUCUUCUCUCUUUCACCAAAGCGGGCUUUUGAGGAGGAUGCGCAAAACACCCUACAACCCUGAUGUAUCAAAUGAACAAGUAAUGAGGCAGGCUGAGCAAGCCAAUCGGGCUGCUGCAGAAUAUCACCGUCAGCGAGAAACAGAAACGGCGCACAACUUUGACGAGCUCGAGUUGGAUUAUCCUAACGUGCAUACCGAACGGAUCGACCCUGAGAACUCGUAAAUAGCAUUUUUACUUCAUUUGGGGCAGCAGAGUAAUUAUGGAGAUAAACAAAGGGUCAUUGUUGUUGUUGUUGUUGGUGGUGCUAAUUAUGUACUCGAAUACUCGCUUAACCUGCUGCUGCGUAGAUCGUGGACUGAUAACCCCAAGGACCAGUGUGAAGUGUUGCUUGCAGAUGACAGCAUCCUGCCAAAACUGUCAGACAAGGAUACAACACCACUUACAAAAGCCCAGAAGAAAUCGGAUCGGUGGAUCAAAGAGCGCGGACAGCAAAAGCAAAAGGACAGUGGCUCACCGUAUCGACAACGACAAGACGGCUCUGCUGAUCUAGUGGGCUAGUUAAUCUCCCUUCGCACUCUCUAUCCCCUUUCUUGCCUCAACUGUAUAAGUUUAAAGUGACAUGGUGACACAUAAAAAAAC